CGUAUCUAUCACAUCCCUCAUGCAGGCCUGCCUGCAUCACUUGCAAGCAUUGGGUGCAUUCAUUCAUUCAGGAGCCCUAUCUUCUCACUUCUCGCGCUUUCUUAUUGAGGGCAAAGACGACGGGAUGGAGUCCCCCCAUGCUGAUGGCACUGUCACGAACGCACACCCACGGGUGUGUCGCCUCUGCACCCAGCUGCCCCUGGCGAUCGAUCUCGCGACGGAUGAGCCGAUAAGCUGCUCCUGUCAGCAGCACGGCACGGCCCUCUACGCUGAGCGAUCGGUGGAACUCCUUGAGGCAGCGGGGGUACACCGUCCGCAGCUGGUCAGCACAAGACAGGCGCUUCCUGACAAAAAGGAGACAGACAGACAGACAGACAAUUUUAGGUACGCGUGCGUGAUUGAACUAUUAGAUAUCGGUUGGCUGACCCGAAAGGCAUGUCAGUGACGAUGACAUCGAGAACAUCAGACCGCAAAGGAAGACGCUCUCAACAAGCCACAAACCACACACCCACAUACACAUACAGCUGGUCGUCUGGUGCAGUCUUGCUUAGCCCUCUGGCCCUUCCUACCGGCAGUCCAUCGAACGACAUCGAUUCGCGCCCGGCGCGCGGGCAGCCUCUGCAAGUUGGCGUAUGUCUUGUCGAUGGGCACGCUCUGGCUGUCCCCCGCAAUGAAGAAGCACCGCCGCAGAAUCGGCUCCUCGGCUGUAGCAACUGCACACCGACAUCAGAAAGGCAGACAAGCAAAUUAGGUCAAUCAGCCCCUCUUUGGUGAGUGGGUCUCUCGCCCACCAAUUCACCACCCACCUUCGAUGAUAGUGUUGGAUCCACACAUGGGGUCUGCCGCGAGGGUGCCUGCGGGGGCUUCGUGGAGCCCGGCAGUGAGAGUCAGGCAGUAGGCCACAGCAGGCCGAAGGUUAGUACACGACCUCUCCCUGCAGCACAAGGACAAGGACACACCCACACACAGACAUAGCCGUGCUGCAUGAAUGGUCGUGCCGAUGUCGCUCCUCUCACCUUUUCGCUGGGUCCAGGAGGGACAGGCUGUUGGUGCUAUCAUCGAUUAUCUUCCGCCUCUUCCAGCCCCUCGACGGCUGGCCGCCAGCAGGUGCGUCUUGGGCCCCAUCGUCGAUUGCUGCCGAGACAAGCUGGUCGGGUUGGUCGUCUUGAGCAGCCUGCUGCUCAGUUGCUCGGACGGACGAGUCGUUGAUGGACUUGCGCGUCAAGGGGAUGCCCACAGUGAGCGUCUACACACGUCGAAAGGAGCCACCCAGCCAACAACAUGGCGUCACAGGACGUUGCAAAGGUCUACCCACGUCAUAACGAAGGUGGGCGUAGAUCUCAAACUGACUCGGGAAGGAGAGCGAAAAGGAGGAAAUGCGUAAGGCUUCUCUUGAACUGCUCGCUGAGAUCGGCCUACGUCGUAAUUCUUGAGAUCGGCAGGCCAGCCCAGAUGCCCUGCGAUGCCAGCGGCCAUCGCCUGACACACACAUGUCUACAGGCGUACAAACACCUACCUACUCAUGCCGUCGUGGGGUUGUACGCCACGCCCGGCCUGGCUGCGCACCUGUCCGAUGUCUGUGCUGUGAAAUUCGUGCUUGCCACUGUGGGCGGCCGUCACGCGAAAUACAGGCACAGCCUGGCCUCUCACGGCAGGGGCAUCGUCACCUGCAGACAGACAGUGAAUGAAACAGGCAGCCAAGGCACUGACUGAUUGAACGCAACGAAGGUCUCACAUCAUCGCCUUCCUACCACAUUCUCUCCGCCACCUGCGCCACACAUCGAGUGCUCUCGACCUGAAGGAUAGGAACUGACUCAUUCACUCCGGGACGUCAAGAGCGCCAUUAACGUACCAUGCCUCCGUGCCGCCUGCAUGUCUGGGCAGAUCCGCCAUGCGAGAUAAUGCCUCCUUGCCUGCACAAACAAGGGCUCAUAAGUGAAGUGCAAAGGUCCUUGGAACGGGACAAACAUUGCGAUCAGGCGUCUUCUUUACUCGGUGGAUAGUUGCUUUCGAUGAAGAUGGCAACCAUCAUCUGCUGCACCGAAUAGAGCCUCUUCAACCUGCACUUGGGAAGCAGAAGCAGCACACACCCAUUGCUGCGAAAUCAAGAUUGAUCGGUCGGCUUCACACCUGUUCAGCGUUUCGCCUGACGGCCGGCUCUCCUCGAUAAAGAAUAUCACUGACACACCAUAAAUGAAUCCACUGCCCUUCCUUCAGUCGACUGCCUUCUUCUUACCUUUGCCUGGCGCGUCUUCGUGGCCAAAGCGGACCUGCAUCGCAUCGCAAACGACCCAAUCAUGAGACUCUGCCUCUGAAACCUUUUUGCGUCUUUUACCUCCAUUGCAGAUCCUUCCUCCCAUCUCUGCAGCUUCCAAAUGAUCUCUGAUCUGCACAGUCAACACCCAUUCGGUGAUGAUUCUGAUCUGCAGCAGGCUGCGUGUUCCAGGAGGUCACCUGGCUAUUGAUUCGAAUCCAGUGGUCACGGUGGCCCAGAAUGUGGUCCAUCUUUGCUGAUCAGCCUUCUGAAUGAAGAGCAACGCAGCGAUGAGCGCAGCACACGAACCAGCAUUCAUUGCAUAGAUACCUUUCUUUUUCGUCUGUGGAGGAUAUACCCCAGCAGUAGCACUGAUGCCAAUAUGGAGCCCGGGAUCACCCAUCUAUUCAUCAUCUCACUCUUCCGCUCCAAC